AUGGGGCGAGUCCUAUCUAAAUUGAAUUGCACUGUGAGGAGGGACCCACCGACGGAACCGGGAUCAAAUUCAAAAUCGCGAGCAAAAAACACCUCUCCGGGGAAAUGUAGCUCUCAAUCCAAUCAGGAAAAUGAUGGGCCGCUUAUUGCCGGUCAAAAGCCAUCGGAGGCGCUGUCCUCUGGACUUGAAAGUAACCAAGCUACCUUACCAAAGCCAGCAGUGAAUAGAGAGGAACCUCAGCACAGUGCCUCUGAAAUCGAAACAGCACCGAACCUCUCUCGCAACCCAGCUGAGCAGCUUGAGACAGUAGGCUCCGUUUCAUCGGAGACUGAGGGUACUAGGCUUUCGUCUACGAUCAACGACCUUAGUCAGGUGGAAAAAUUGCCUGGCGUUCCUGACGCGAACAAUGGGGUUGAGACCUCAAGAGAUCUUCUGAACGAGGUGCCUAGAGAUCCUAUCCCGGAGGUGCCUAGAGCUCCUGGGCAUGAUCAAAGAUAUUCAGCUUCCUGGUCCCAAGCGCUGGAGAAACUAAAAAAGGAUAAGGCAGUUGAAUGGGAUUCUGAUUCAGACUUUGAAUCAAAUAUUGACCUAAUUGCAAGUCUAAUGGGAGAGGUAAAAUCACAAAAAGAGAAGUUCGACAAAGGCCGGUGGCAAUAUACAGAUAGCGAUGGAAAGCAGAAAAUAUACGCCGCAACAUUCCUCGAGCACAUCGAAAGGUACUCUGCGAUUGAACAAAUCUUCAAGAGUCUUGCUGCGGAGUUUAGCUCUGCUCUUGAAGAGGUCAAAACGUGGAGUGCAAAAGUGGCCUCGAGUGCAGAUAUGGCCGAGAAAGCGGUUUCAUCCAAGGCUCGAUUUGAUCAACAGGCUAGGGAUAAGGUGCUUAAGGAGCACCUCAUACAGAUGAAAACAUGGAUGAAAAGGAUCGAGGACGGUGUGGAUCGGCUCGGGUCAAAAUUGAAGGACUUGUGGAAAUCCGUUGAGAAGGAUAGGUUUUACGAAACUCUUGAUUGGGUAUCUGCUGUUCCGUUUGGACAUAUACACAGAACACAUAAAGAUAAUCAAUUGGAUGGUGUUGGAGACUGGCUGUAUCAACACUCGUCAUAUCAGGCAUGGCUAAAGACGACGCCCGCCUCGAACGUUAUUUGGUUACACGGUGCUUCUUAUUCGAACCCCGGAUCCGUGGAGCACAAGCUACCCAUAUCUUUGACCGAUCUCCGAAACGAAGCGCUAACAAAGUCAAUGGGACCACCGAGUUUACGUGACUGUUGCAACAUCAUCAAGGAGCUAUCGGAAAAUUUCGGACGAAUAUACAUCGUGAUAGAUGCAUUGGACGAGUGUAGCAGCAAUAGUAGAACAGAACUUCUGGAUAUACUUUCUGACCUUGUGAGAUCUUGCAAGGAUGUGCGGAUGUUUAUCACUGGUCAGGAUACGAGUGAUAUCGGUUCUGUGCUCAGUCUGCCGUCAGCGUUCUGCAUCCAGUCGAGAGGUACUGAUAACGAUAUUCGAUUGUACAUCAAAUCUGAGGUGCAAAAGAUGUGCCGAGAGGAUAAAAACCUAGAAAGCUUGGUGAAACAACAACGCGAAAAGGAUAUUAUAGAAGGACUGGAGAAGGAUUCAAACGGUGUGUUCAUGUGGGUUCGUUUGAGGAUGCAGGCCGUACGUCUUGAAACAACGGUUGAAGGUAUGAUUCAGGCACUUACCAGCUUCCCUAAGGGGUUAAGCGCAGCCUAUACAAAACUAUUGGAGAAGAUGGAGAACGAAAAUACAGUCGAACAUGAUGCUGCAAUGGCAGUAAUUAAGUGGCUUGUAUAUUCAUGCGUCGAAUGCUCUCCCGACACGGUCAUUCAGGCUUUACAGAUCAAAACGAGUACAAUUGAGGCCUUUGAAGGUAUCAGAGGGCUGGAGCUAUCCCGCCUUCUCGAGAUAUGCCGGAAUCUUGUCUUCUUUGACCAAGAGACGAGGGUCAUCCAUUUACCGCAUGGUUCAUUGAAGCAGUACCUACAAACCCCUAGUAAUUAUGACCAUUGGAAGCCUGAUGAGGUCAGGUCUUGGAUUGCAGAACUCUGUCUCCAGGUUCUCAUGAGCGAUGAAUACCAGAAACACCAAGCACUAGAUUGUCCUGCACCUCAGCUGCGGGCUUACGCUGUCUUUAAUUGGGCGGAGUACCUAAGACAGACACAAAAACGAAGCGACGCGUUAAAUGAUCUUUGGAAGGGAUUUCUGAAUAUCAACAACGAGCAAUAUUGCCGUUGGGCUAUACAAAUACGCAUGACCCACAGCGUUCUCACCGGAAAGGAGAAUCGGCCAAUCAGCCCUCUGUGGACAGCUUGCCUCUAUCAGCUUUACGAUGUUUUCAAGGCACUUCUUGCUGACGGCGCGGAUCCGAAUUGUCAUAACUCCAGCGGGCAGGCCCUAGCACAUUACUGCAUCCAGAAUGGCCUCGACGAUUUUCUCAAUCGAUUAAUAGAUACUAUUAAAAUAAGCAACGCCGCGGGUACAGAAGUUGAUCAAGCCUCAAAUGUCGAAGGCACUACAACCGUUGAGAAAUAUGAAUCUGUUAGACGCUCAGACCUUCAUCCGUCUUUCGACGUCAAUGCUGCAGAUUCACAAGGGAGGACGGCUCUGUUUCAUGCUUCAUUACUUGGUAAUGAAUCUAUCGUACAGCGUCUGCUGGGGACAAAAAUGUGCGAAGUGAACCUUAGAGACCAGAAUGGGGAUAAUCCUUUGCUCAUCGUUGCUUCCACCGGGAAUAUCUUCAUUAUGAAACAUCUUCUUGCUCAGGAUUCACUCGAGCUGAAUCAAAAGAACGAGGAGGGUGACACCGCAUUAUUACUCGCUACUCGCUUAGGAUUUGAAGGAUUUGUGGAGACUUUCCUUCAGCUCGCUGCACACCGUUAUCAACGUCGGGAAGGCUCGGCGGAGCAGUCAAUAGAUCCUGCCGGAUCAAAGAUGACGCUUAAGAUCACCAGUGAUUUGCAGCUUGAUAUCAAUUGUACGGAUGACCUGAAUCGGACACCACUUAUGAAAACUGUCGAGAUAAACAACCUUAACCUCGUGAAAAUUCUGUUGAAGGAAGAGGGACUAGAUCUCGGAGUGAAAAGCCAGUACGGCUUCACAGCGCUCUCAUAUGCGGCCUGGAACGGGUACACGAAGAUAAUUGAGGCCAUGCUAGGAAGUGACAAGGUCCUGCAACAGCAUCUCGAAUUCAAAGAUGAAGAUGGCUUUACCCCACUAGCACUUGCAGCGUGGUGUGGAUAUUCGGAGAUAGUGAAACUUCUUCUCGAGAAAGGUGCGGACGUGAACACUAGAGAUAAUUGCGGAUGCACCCCGCUCAGACUUGCAUCCUAUCGAGGAAUGCAAGAGGUGGUAAAGGAGAUUCUGCAGCGUAAAGACGUUGACUUCAAGACCACAAAUGACGCAGAAACCACACCACUGAAGUCAGCAACCGAAGGUGGUUAUUCAGACAUCAUUGGAGAUUUACUUCGCAAGUUUAUCACGGAAGAUGAAACAGACUUCAAAGAUGAAGAUGGUAAUAACCUUUUGCUACUUGCUUCAAUCCAUGGCCAGACAGAAGUUGUUAAGUUAUUAUUACUUGACAAGCGUUGCUCCGAUCUCAAAUACGUCAAUAAGGGGGGGUUGACUGCUUUGGAAGGAGCUAUCAAAGGUGGUCACACAGAAAUCAUCAGGCUCCUUUGCGAGAGCAACGCCGAUAUCGAAGGUUUUGAAUCCUAUGGUUCGGUCAUGCUUUCCCUAGCUCAAAACGGUCCUUUUUCGUUAUUCAAGAGCCUACUUGAACUAAAUAGCGAUGACAAACUCGAAGUCAGGGAUGAAGAAGGAAAUGAUGUUCUAAUGCGAGCGACCAUUGGAGGCAAUGAAGAUAUUGUAAAAUUGCUCCUUGAUCAACGCAAAUACGAUCCGAAUGUUCCCAACCGCGAAGGACUCACGGCCUUACAUAUAGCCUCUGCAGCUAAGCACUGGCAGAUCUUAAAGCUGCUUCACACGAAAGGCGCUGGUAUGGACAGCACAAAGGGACUUUUAGCAGCUGCUUUGGAUGGAAAAAACGAGAUCUUUCAGAUGCUUCUCGAAGAUUACGAUGAUAAGGAAGUACUUGACCACAAGGAUGAGGACGGGGAUACAGUACUAUUACUUGCGGCAAUCGGUGGCAACGUAGAGAUUAUGCGUUCCCUACUUAAUCCGCACCGGUGUGAAAUCGAUUAUGCGAACAUGAGGGGCGAAACUGCAUUGACACUUGCAAUAUCCCACCGGCAUCCGGAGGUAGCGAAUCUUCUUCUUGAUAGAGGUGUUAAAAGGAACAUUUCAAAGAUCAAUGGUUGGACCCCUCUACAUCUUGCAGCAAGCACCGGAGAUCAGAAUCUCAUCCGCAGACUACUUUCAUAUGACGAUGUGGACCCCAAGGCUCUAACAAGGCAUGGAUCCACGCCACUCUUAGUGGCAGCUGAAACAGGUGUGCCCGAGGUGGUAAAACUGCUGCUAGAGAAAUACGAACCCGGUAUCGAAAUUCCAGACAUGGAUGAAGACGGGGAAAUGGUAUUUCAGGCGGCUGCUUAUAGUGGCAGCAAAGAGACCGUCGAUAUUCUCCUCGAUCAUGGUAAAGGCAACAUCAAUCAUCUAAACAAGGCGGGAGAAACAGCGUUGAUCAUGGCGGUAACGCAAGGACACAAGGAAGUUGUUCAAUCAUUGCUUGGAACUGAGGGGAUUGAUGUCGCGAUAAAAAAUUCUCAUGACGAGUCAGCGUUUGACAUUGCGAAUUAUAAAGCAAUGAUUUGGGGGGAAGAGGGACAACAUUCAGAGAUACUUACAUUGCUUACAGCUUUUGCUGAUAAAUCGCUUUCGAAUGGCUCGUAG